GGUCCACGGUGCCUUCCCAGGGAUGCCGGACACCUGUGAGCAUCCGAUGCGGGCCGGCGGGCCGGUGACUUUGAACGUAGGCGGGAAAUUCUACAGCACAACUUUUGAGACCCUGACGCGCUUCCCAGACUCCAUGCUGGGCGCCAUGUUCCGCGGGCCCCGCCCGGCCCUUACCGACAGCAACGGCAACUACUUCAUCGACCGCGACGGCAAGACCUUCCGCCACAUCCUCAACUUCCUCCGCUUUGGCCGGCUGGACCUGCCGGAGGGCUACGCGGAGCUCUCCCUCUUGCGCGUGGAGGCCGACUUCUAUCAGAUCCGCCCGCUUCUGGAGGAGCUGCGCCGUGUGGAGGCCGAGCGCCGCCGCCAGCGGGCCAAUGCGGUGCUUCACGCCGAUGUGGACUUCCGUGAGCGGCUGCUGCACUUCAACGUGCGCUGCGGACCGCAGAAUUACGAACUCUGCACGUGCUCCCUUCACAUCUUCACGGCCAACGUCUUCUGCACCGACCCGUAUUUCCUUGCCGUGUUACGAAGACGGUUGGGCCAACUGGAUCGCACCAAUGGAGAGCUCGAAGAAGGACAUUCGGGGAGGUGGGCUGACCAGUCCACAGAACCGGAGCGCUUCCUCGGCCAGUUGGGUGACUCCGACGCUACCGUGAGAGAAACUCGAAAUGAUUUGAACUGGGACUCCAUCAAUGCCAAUAGAGAAUCGAGAAGCUGGAAAACGCCAGGGGAGGACUUCAGGACAAAGGGCAAGUUGAGAAUUUGCCCGUACGAUUCCGCUGACGAAGAUGCAGAAACGGCUGACGAGGCCUGGGACGACUCCUUCGGACUGUCCCACACGGGGACCAAAGCUCGCCAUCACCUCUGCCUGGAGUGGGCCCCCCGCCCGCCAGAGCUUCCAGCCGCAGAGUACACGAAGCAGAAAUUGUGUCCGCUGCAGGUGGGUGGGAGGGAGGUCCGAACUGCCAAUGAAUUCCUUGAAGAGGUGCUGAAGGCGGCGCUGGCACAGGGCUUCCACGUGGACUCGGUCUUUCCCGACCCGGCAGAUAUUCUCAGUGCCCAUUCCUUGCGAUUUGUCCGGCACUGAAUGUUUCAGCCGACACCUGGGGAGGCGGAGCACCGGGCAGUGGUCAGCCCCACCUGGAAUGGAAAUGGGAUGAACCAGCCGGGCCCUUGGGUUUGGAGGUGCAGCAGCUGGGCUCCCGCUCUGGGUUCUCCCACCAGCCCACCUCGUCUCCCGCUGUGGCGGGAAGGACCCAGGAUCCCGGCAAUGAAGACCCCCGAUGAAGGGCGAUGGAGCGGACAGCGUUGGGAUCCGGGCAGUGGUUUGGGGCCUGGGGAGAACCCCCCUUAUGUCUGUGGGCAGGUACUGAGGGGCUUUAAUAGGCCUGCUCUAAAGUAAGUUUCCUGUAAGCAGGUUCAGAGGGUAGCCGCGUAAUUCUGCAGUGGAAGAGCUCAGUUCGAGUCCAGCAGAACCCUAGAGACUGAAACAGUUUGGUGUAGUGGUUAAGUGCGCGGACUCUAAUCUGGGAGAGCUG